AUGGGUCGCUUCGAUCACGAUCAUCGCUUCCGGGCAGUGGGAAGCUACCACAUCACCUCGUACGAUAACCUAUUCCUCAGCAUCGAUCUCAUGCUCAAAGCUUCAUUGCAUCAUGCGUCCACUCGCGCACUACGACAUUCCAACCUCACCGAUCAUUCCAUGAAUCGCGCCGACUACCUACUACCGCCACUACCCGGCUGUGAUGACCUAAAACAUCCAACAAUCAACAACUCAACGCAGAGCAACGACACCUCAACAGAUGACAAGCCACCUACGCCGUACGACCGUUACAGUGAAGUCUACAAAGGCUACGACGCCUACCACUCCCAGAUCCGCAAACUCGACUGGCUAAAAGCCCACCGCGCCUUAACCACCUCCCCCGAAGUAACACCCCACACAACCUGGCUGAUCGAAACUCUCCAAGCCAUCAUCACCCGCUGGGAAGCCGUCCUCCCCUACAUCGCUUCACCCUACCCCAUCCCUCCGAAUAACCCCUCCGCUUUCACCUAG